CCUCCCAUUUCAACCUCAGUUAACUGCUGACAUUCUCUUCUCAGACUCCGAACUCUGCCGCUCAAGUCAUGGCUCUGAUUAUGAAGACGCUUUUCGUCAGCUGGUUUGUCCUUGCAUUAACAGACCUAGGCGCAUUGGCUUUACUGGGCAAGAGCCAUAGCAAGGCGAAGGAUGACCCAGUCAUGCAGUAUGUGCUUAAUAACUCAAUGAGGGAACAUCCUGUGCUCACUAAACUCAGACUGAAAACCAUGGAAGAUCCCUGGAAUAUCAUGAUGGUACCACAGGAGCAGGCUCAGCUGAUGGCAAAUCUCAUUAAAUUGAUCAGUGGCAACAAAACCAUUGAAAUAGGAAUGUACACAGGAUACAACACUCUGAGUAUGGCUUUGGUUUUGCCGCCGGAUGGUGUGGUUGUGGCAUGUGAGAUUGAUGAGGAUUAUGUGGAAACUGGCAAGCCUUUCUUUAAAGAGGCUGGUGUUGAGAACAAAAUUGAUGUACGUCUUCAGCCUGCAGUCAAAACCCUUGAUGAACUCCUCGCUGCCGGUGAAGCCGAAACCUAUGAUUUUGUGUUCAUUGACGCAGACAAAAAAAAUUACGAGAAAUAUUAUGAGAAAUCCCUGCAGCUGAUCAGAAAGGGAGGAAUUAUUGCCAUUGAUAAUGUGCUGUGGGGAGGGAAAGUCAUUAACCCUGCUGACGACGAUCUAACUUCUAAGACCAUCGACAAACUCAACAAAAAAUUAGUGGCAGAUGAGAGGAUUGAUCUGAGCAUGCUCACUGUGGGUGACGGACUCACCCUUGCUUUUAAACGUUAGACAACAUGCAGGCAUCCAAAGAUACGAAGGCUGCCAAGAGAAACCAACACAGAAACCAACGAAACCCGUCAUGCAAUUAACACUCUUCUAUUUUUACUGAUAGUAUUCAUCUUGUACUUGAGUGCUAUUCACAGUACGUUGCAAAUAAAGUAAACUGAAAAGUGUUGCAAAUAAAAUAAAAAGCGUUGACGAUA